AUGCCCUCGUCCUCUGGUCGCCGCCGCCGCGGCCGUCGAGGCACCCGCCGCCGACAGCGCUGUUCGACAAGGACCUGGGCAGAGCUGCCGAUGGUCGCGAUCUCGGCCAUUCUCCACAAGCUCGACCACAUCGAGAUCCUGAUGGGGGCCGGCCAGGUGUGCCGCUCCUGGCGCCGCGCCGCGCGCGACGAACCCGAGCUGUGGCGCCGCAUCGACAUGCGCUUCCACGCCGACCUCUUCUACCAGCUCAACCUCCACGGGAUGGCGCAGGCCGCCGUACGCCGCAGCAAGGGGCAGUGCGAGGCCUUCUGGGGCGAGUACGCCGGCGACGACGACUUCCUCCUCUACCUCGGCGACCAGGCACCAUCUCUCAAAAGUCUUCGACUCAUUUCUUGCUAUGAUGUUUCUAACGAAGGUUUCACAGUUGCGAUAGAGAAGUUCCCUUUGCUUGAGGAGCUUGAGCUUUCAUUGUGUUCAAAUGUGGGUGAGGGUGGUGUGUUUGGGGUUGUUGGCAAAGCAUGCCCGCAGCUGAAGCGCUUCAGACAGAGCAAGCAUUCAUUCUUUGAUUUUGAAGCCAGUGGCUACAAUAAGGACGAUGAAGCCCUGGGGGUUGCAACUAUGCAUGAGCUACGCUCUCUGCAGCUCUUUGGCAACAACCUCACCAACGAAGGACUGACAGCCAUCCUGGACAACUGCCAGCACCUGGAGUCCCUUGACAUUCGUCAUUGCUUCAACGUCAACAUGGACGACACCCUGCGAGCAAAGUGUGCCAGGAUAAAUACGGCGAGGCUUCCACAUGACUCAACUGCUGGCUACGAGUUUCAGGUUCAGGAACCUACGUGGUCACGUUACCGCAGUGACUCCCAAGGUGAAGAUGACACUGAUGCUGAUGAUAUGGAGUAUGGUUUUGACUAUGAUCUGGACUCUGAGGACUACGAUGACUACUGUGAUCCUUCCCGCUACCUUAAUGGCGUCUACGAGGAUGACCUUGAUGAAGAAGACAGGAUGGUUCUCAGGGCUAUGCGUGCGCUCAUGAAAUGA